GAGAGCGAGGCCUAGACCGAGAUUAGAACUGAGUCCGAAGCCGGGCCGAAACGAGGACUGGGACUGAGCGCACAGAUUCGAGCCGAAAUUAGAGCCGGAUCGAGCGGAGCCAUGUGGGCCGAUAAUGUCCCUACCGCACAGAAGCGGUCCCGGCGCCCUCGGUUACCUCUGCAGGAGCUGCGGCUGCAAUCGCGGGCGGACACCGACCACACCAGCCUCACGCCGCUGUUUCGUCGACUAAGGCUCAAGGACUGUGACUCCACCACCUCGGUGACCUGCACGCCGAGGCGCCCCAGCAGCGUUAUUCUGCCGUGCAGCCCAGGACUCCCCAGAAAUGAUAUUCUGCUCCCUUCCAACAGCACCACCACAGCUCCCCAGCCUUGUACCAUAGAGCUCUCUAGCAGCGCUAUCCUGGAGCCUCCCAGGACUCUCACUCUGGGUCCCAGUGUUUCAGAGCCUCUGAAGUGUCCUAUCCCGGAGUCUCUCAGUCAUGCCAUCCUGGAGCCUCCCCGCAGUCCCACUCAAGGGCUUUGCACUUUGGAGUUUUCCAGCAGCAGUGUAAAGGAUUCCCUGUGCAGUCCAGUCUUGGAUCCCCUGGACAGCAUCAUGCCAGCAUCCCUGUGCAACCCAGUCUCAGAUCCUUCAGACAGUACUGUGCAGACCUCCAUAUAUAGCCCAGUCCCAGCUCUCUUGGGAAGCAAUGUAGUGCCAGUCUCCUUGUGCAGCCUGGUCUCAGAUUCUCUGGAUGGCAUCAUGCCAGCCUCCCCACACAGCCCAGUCCAAGAUCCCCAGGGCAACAGUGUGCCAGCCUCCCCACGCAGCACAGUCCCAGAUCCCCAGGGCAGCAGUGUGCCAGCCUCCCCACGGAGCCCAGUCCCAGAUCCCCAGGGCAGCAGUGUGCCAGCCUCCCCACGCAGCCCAGUCCCAGAUCCCCAGGGCAGCAGUGUGCCAGCCUCCCCACGCAGCCCAGUCCCAGAUCCCCAGGGCAGCAGUGUGCCAGCCUCCCCACGCAGCCCAGUCCCAGAUCCCCAGGGCAGCAGUGCGCCAGCCUCCCCAUGCAGCGCAGUCCCAGAUCCCCAGGGCAGCAGUGUGCCAGCCUCCCCACGCAGCCCAGUCCAAGAUCCCCAGGGCAGCAGUGUGCCAGCCUCCCCAUGCAGUGCAGUCCCAGAUCCCCAGGGCAGCAGUGCGCCAGCCUCCCCAUGCAGUGCAGUCCCAGAUCCCCAGGGCAGCAGUGUGCCAGCCUCCCCACGCAGCCCGAUCCCAGAUCCCCAGGGCAGCAGUGUGCCAGCCUCCCCAUGCAGCGCAGUCCAAGAUCCCCAGGGCAGCAGUGUGCCAGCCUCCCCACGCAGCCUGUUCCCAGAUCCCCAGGGCAGUGGUUUGCCAGCCUUCCAGUGCAGCCUAGUCCAAUAUUCUCCAGACAGCACUGUUCCAGCUUCCAUGUGCAGGCCAGUCCCAGCUCCUUUGGGAAACAACACAUUGCCAGUGUCCUUGUGCAGCCCAGUCCCAGAUCUCCAGAGCAGCAGCAUGUCACCCUCCUCAUACAAUUCCGUCCCGGAUCCCCCAGACAGCAGUGUGCCCGUCUCCCCGUGCAGCCUGGUCCCAGAUCCCCCAGGCAGCAGUGUGCCAGCCUCCCCAUGCAGCCCAGUCCUUGGACCUUCCACCAUGAAUGUCCCCAGCAGCACUGUUUUGGCUUCCCUGUGCAACCCAAACUGGGGGCAUUGCACCCUGGAUUUCCCUGGUGGCACCCCUUUGGCCCUGCUGUGCAGCCCAUUCUCAGAUCCUGCAUCCCCCUGGCAGCACUAUUCUGGCUCUACUCUGCUGCCUGGUCCCAGCGUGCUGCUCUCUGGAUCCCCUUGGCAGCACCACGUUCCCACUGUGGUUGCUAGCACCAGCAUCACCCCUGUGACCGCUGUGGUUGCUAGCACCAGCAUCACCCCUGUGACCGCUGUGGUUGCUAGCACCAGCAUCACCCCUGUGACCACUGCGGUUGCUAGCACCAGCAUCACCCCUGUGUCUACUGCGGUCGCCAGCACCAGCAUCACCCCACGGGAGCUGUGGGAGAGGAGCAUGAACACAUCUAUGAGCAGCCUCAUCUGCAGCAAGGACAGUGCUACCCAAACAGACUCCCUGCUCUGGCGCUUGCCCCAAGAGCAGCUGAAGUCCCUGCCACGGGCAGAGCUGGAGGGGCGACUGGAAAGCUGUCUCAUCAUUAUUGAAGCCCUCUCGCUCCGGCAGCAAGAUUGGCAGGAGAUUCAGCGACCACUGCCCAGUGUGGGCCCAGCUGAGCAGAGGGAUGUGCUCACACAGACUGACAUUGCUCACCCCAAAGGGGAGGAGGAGAUCUACCGUAACCUCUACCUGGACCUGCUGAGGAAAAUGGAGACUCUACAGCGUCAGCGGGAAACAGAGGAGGGCCUGCAGCAGGAGCUGGGGCUGGCAAGCACAAGCACGAGCACCUGGAGAAAGCAGAACCUCCUGUUACAGGGGCUUGUGGAUGACACCUUUCAGAGCCUGCAGGAUGAGCAGAGAGCCCUUAAUGAGGAGCAGGAGCAGGUGUCGUGGUGUAUGGCUGUGCUGGCCAAAGUGCCUGGCAAGCUGCGGAGCUGCCUGGAGGAGCGGGAUGCCAUGAGGCAGAGAGCGGAUGAAGCCCUCCGAGCCAAGGAGGAGGGAGAUCGCUUCUUGGAGGCAUUCUCUGCCCAUGUUAGCACUCAGAUUAGCAUCCGUGACCAGAGCCUGGCCUCCCAGCAAGAGCUAGGCACGCUGCUGGAAGGUGCCAUUGCCCAGCAGACGUCCCUAGCUUCUGAGGCUCAGACAUUCCGGGAAUUCAUAAACAUCACCUUUGAAAAGCUAAAGGAGGAAAGGGAAGCCCUGGAUGUGGAGCGGGAGCAGGUGGGGGCCUUGGUGCCCAGGUGCCAAGCUAUGCUGGAGAGGGUGCCUGCCAAGCUUCGGAGCUGCCUGGAGGAGCGGGAUGCCCUGAGACAGCAAGCUGAUGAAGCACUUCAAGCCAACAAGGAGAUGUCCUGCCAGCUAGAGGAGACCUCGGUGACCCUGCAGGACAGGGUGGCUCAGCUGGAGCAGCUGACAGCAGCCAAUUCACGCCUCAGCGAAGACCUGAGCUCCCUGAUGAUGGAUCUGGCCAACCUGAAGCAGGAACACGAUGUGCUGCAGCAAGAGCACAAGAUGCAGCAGGAGGAGAUGGCCUGGCUGGUGCGAGAGAGGGACACGUUGCAGCAGGAGUGCCUUGAGCUGCGCCGGGAUCUGCGGGAGGCAAUCGAGUGCCGGGAGUUCCUGGAUCAGGAGAACCGCAUGUCCCGCACCCAGCUGCUGGAGGAGGAGGCCAGGCUGAAGUCCACGCAGGCAACCCUGCAGGAGCAAAACCUGCAGUGCGAGGAGCUGAUGGAAUCCCAGCAGCGCCUGUGGGAAGAGCAGGCUGUCCUCAGCAAGGAGCUGGAAAGUACCAAGGCUGAGCUCCUUGACUUGCAGCUGAAGAGGAAUAAAGUCUCCUGGGCCUCUACAGACAUCAGCAAGAGCAAGCUGAGGCUGCAGGAACUUGCUGACUGCCUUAGGGCCUCUCUGCAAGAGGAGGAUGACAAUGCUCCAUCAAGCAGCAGAGCCUGGACCCCAGCUCCACGGACACCAGGCUGGCAGACACCACACCGUCCUGUGACUCCUGCCUGCCGCACCCCAGCAUACCGCACCCCAUACCAGCCCAGGAGCUCCUUUGUGGGCACCAUCCUGAAAGCAGUGUCAGGGAGAGAUGCUGAUGCUGAUGAAGCUACUGGAGAUGGGAUCAUGUUUACCAAGGACAAACCUGCCUCUGCACUAAAGCACAUAGAGCCCGAGGAAGGUCUGCUGGAGAGUGUGGAUGCACUGAAAGCUGUGGUCUCUGACCUUGCCAUGCUGAGCUACCGCAUCCAGGAGCAAGAGCAGAACAAGUUCAUGGAACUGCGGAAGGAGAUCUCUGACCUGCAGCACCAUCUGGAGAAGGUGACAGAUGAGAGUGAAGAGAAGAUAGAGACCCAGGAGGCCACCAUCACUAAAUUGAAUAAGAAACUGAGGGACAAGAUGGAGUCUGAGAAGCAGCUGCAGGACCUGGUGAAACAGCAGGACAAUAAGAUUGCACAACUCAUUGACCACAGUGCUGAAGUCAAGAAUCUGGAAGCAGUUGUCUCCCAGCUGAAGCGCUUGCUCCAGCAUGCUGAGACAGAGGCAAAGACACUGUGGCAAGAGUUGCGGUUGCAGGAGCCCAAGGUGGACACUACCCCCAUUCAAGAGCGAAUUCUACUGCGGCAGCAGGUAGACAAACUGAGGCAGCUGAUGCUGGACAAAGAUGAUGAGAAGUGGCGAAUCUCCAAAAAGUACAUGGAGCAGAUCAAAGGGUUAGAGUUGAAGCUCCAUCAGGUCCAGAAAAUGCUGCGAACCUACGAGAAAUUGCAGGAGAAAACUAAAGAGGUCCUGUGGGCUGUCCCUGACAUCACAGCAGCCUGCCCUGAGUUGCAGAGCUUGCUGCAGCAGUACUUAAACCUGGAGCCAGGCAGUGGGGAAGCUGCUGAGUUGUAGUGUGAGGUUUUCUUUUUAAUGUUGUAACUAUUUGUUGAAUAAACUUCGUGUUGGCUUGCA